AUGCCCUGCCCUCGGCCGCCCUGGCUCCGCCGCCCCCGGGCCCCUCAGGGCUCGGGCCCUAGCUCCCCGGGUUCACCCUCUGCGCCCGGUUCCCCAGGCAGCGGGGAGGACGAGGAGGAGGAAGAGCGGGACGGCAGCCCGGGCUCUGGCCCCAUCCUGCCCCCCGCUACCCCCGUGGAGUGCCUCAUCUGCGUGUCGCCCUUCGACGGCGUGUUCAAGCUGCCCAAGCGCCUGGACUGCGGCCACGUCUUCUGCCUCGAGUGCCUGGCUCGCCUGUCUCUGGCCACGGCCGGCGGCGGCGACCCGGUGGCCUGCCCAGUGUGCCGCGCGCCCACGCGCCUGGCCCCGCGCGGCGGGCUGCCCGCGCUGCCCACUCAGGCCGGCCUGCUGCCCCGCGCCCCGCCCGUGCCCGGGCCGCGCAAGGCCCGCGCCGCGCUCCCGCCGCCGCCGCCGCCGCUGCGCCUCGGCCGCCCGCUGUCGCGCCGCCGGACGCUGGCCAGCACCACCUGGCUCUUCAACGCGGCCGUGGCGCUGGCCGUACUGGUGGCCGCGGGCCUCGUGGUCUCCGGCGUCUACAUCUUCUUUCUCAUCCCGCACGCCGCCGCCUCCGGCCCCGCGCGGCCCCAGCUCGUAGCGCUCGCCCCGGCGCCCGGCCUUCCCUGGUUCGCGCCGCGGCCCACGCCCGGGGCGCCGUGGACCCCCGCCUGGACGCCACGCCCCGCGGGCCCUGUCCUGGAUGCCGCCCGGCCAGGGGCUGAGGAGGACGCGCCGGAGGCCGAGGGGGUCCCCGAAGACCUGGCGGAGGCCGAGGAGCGAGAGGACAGGCCCUCGGACCGCAUGUGGGGGGUGGAGGCUGGACCCAGCUGGGCCCCGCAAGCACGGGGCAGGAGGAGAGUGUGGGCGCCUCAGUAAACGCGAAUGUGCUGCAGGCCCUGUCCCAAGGCUUGGAGACCUUAGUGUCAUAUGGCCGGGACCACUCGCCAUGAUCCCCGUAGAGGCCUCAGCAGGGUGCAUGGCAAGCACCCAUUUUUCCACAGAGAGGCCUGGCGGGAUCAUUCCCGGCACCAUCACCACAGGGCAGGGACCCUCUCAAGGAGCAACCCUACCGUUGUUCCCACAGGGAGCCUCUGGGGGCACCCCGACCCCAAUCCCAUGGGCAUCAGGCUGAGGGUGCACUGACCUCCAUCUUUGUAAAGGUCCCGCUGAAAAGUGCUCCUAAACCUGGUCUCCGUGAGAAUCCAAUUGGGAGUACUCUUGAUCCUCAUCACUCGUGGGAACCCAGCUGGUGAGCUCCCUGACCGACAUCUGCAGGGGCCCUCCUGAGGCACCCCCCAGCCCUGAUCCUCACAGGGUCCUCCUGAGUGCCCCCCUAGUCAUCGUCAGAGCCCUGGGGGAGCAUCCUCGGCCAGUACCAGGGACUGAAGGCUCUGAUCUGCUCAUCCUUUGUGCUCACCGCAGGUGGCUGGGGGGCCCCAUCUUUGGAGGGCAAAGCUGCUGCUCUUAUUCCUGACCACACCCCCUGACUGGCCCACUGCAAGGCUGGCUCCCCCAGGCUGUGGAGUUUGUUUCCCACUCUGCUGCCUGCAGGCUGGGCCUGAGUGGGAUCCAGCUGUCUCCAUGCUGGUCCUGGGUUGCUGCCCUGCACCUGGCUGGGACUUGGGCCUGGAGGGGCAGGGGUGACCAGGCCUGACCAGGGCUCAGGAGGGACAGAUAGGGCCUGAGCCUCAAAGACUGGCUCCCACCAGGGUGCUGAAUACCAACUUGCAAUGGGAGCCUUGACUUCCCCUAUGGGUUGUGGCUUAUGGGACCCUAAUAUGCUGUGGGCAGCUAUGGUCACCGAGGUUCAAAGAGGCCAAGGCUGCCCUCUGGGUCAGAUAGUGUCCCAUAAUUUGGUGGGGUUGCUCCUGGACCUCCCUGGCCUACCCAAGGGAUCCUGGCUCCUCUCCCUAGCCGCUAGAGCCCUCAUCACCUUCAUCUCCACUCAUUAAUUUCUCAUUAUUGCACCUCCUCCCCCAGGGCUCCACCAGCCUUUCAUGGCAUCCCUGCUGUUCCCCCAGGUGAAGCCUCAGCCCUCCCAGUAGACAGCAGCCUCCAGGGAGGGCAGCUCUUGGAUGCCUGUCCUCCUCUCAGAAGCCUUCCUGGAUUAGUCACUGAGGAGUAGUUAGCAGCCACUCUCUGCAGAAACUGAACAUGAGCCUCUGUCUCCCCUCAGGCCCUAGAGCCCCCUUCCUGCCUCACUUUGCUCAGGGUUGGGGUGCUGUGUGCUGUGGUUGGGCAUCCAGCAUUUUCCAGAGAGAAAUAUGACUUCUAUGGGGCUGAAGGCUCCUGUUUGAUUUGUUUACAUGUGUGUCCUCAGCGCCUGGCACACAGUGGGUGCUUUCUGGGGAGUGAUGGCAUUGCAGGUGACUACAAGGUAGCUGGGGAAUGCCUGUGGGCACCCUCGGCCCACCCAGCUCACAGCGACCCUGACCUAGGCAUGCCAGUGGAACUCCUGAUGUGAGCUGCUGCUUCCAGGUGGGAAGCUGGAGGAGGAACAUCAGGGUGUCUGAGGGAGUGUCUUCCCUGACCAGUUCUUGUUCCACAUCCAGGUGCCGAUGUCACCCACAGGGGCAGGGACCAGUGUGCUGGGUCACUGGGCAGCCACAGCCUAGCCCCACAGGGAGGGGACCUGGUUGGGCAGGAGCAGGGUUAGCAGUCUAUAUUAAUUUUCUCUGGUUGCUGCAACAAAUUACCACCAACUCAGUUCCUUAGAACAACACAUGUUAAUUAUCUUACCGUUCUGCAGGGCAGAAGUCUUGAAAUGAGUUUCAACAGGCUAAAGUCGAGGUGUCUGCUGGGCUAGUUCCUCUUGGAGGCUCUAAGAGAGAAUUCAUUUCCUUAGCUUUUCCAGCCUUUAGAGCUGCAUUCCGUGGCUCCUUCCUUAUCUUCAAAGGCAGCAGGUAUCUUCAAAUCUCUGACUCUCCUGCUUCCCUCUUUCACUUAUGAAGACACUGUGAUUACAUUGAGCCCAUUUGGAUAAUCCAGGA